AUGACUACACGUAAAACAAUCGCGCUUCUGCUGUCGGUCGCUUUGUGGCUGCAGCUCGUCUGGGCCGGCCUCAAGGGACCGACAACGGUCAAGGGCAAACCAUUCCCGUCGCUGAUCGACGCCACCAUGGUGGACAUCGCCAAGGGUCUCGACACCAAGCUCUUUACGAGUGUGGACCUGACAAAGGCCUACAUGGCACGGAUCAACGAGGUAAACGACUACUUCCACGCCGUCACCGAGAUGAACCCAGACGCCCUCAAGAUCGCAGCCGAGAUGGACGAGGAGCGCGCCCGAGGCAAGACCCGCGGCCCCUUGCACGGCAUCCCCGUCCUUUUGAAGAUGAGCAUGGCCAGCGCCGACGCCAUGAACACGACGGGCGGCUCGACGCUUCUCCUGGGCGCCAAGUUCGCCCGCGACGCCACCGUGGUCCGCAAGGUGCGCGAGGCCGGCGGCGUCAUCCUGGGCAAGGCCAACAUGAGCCAGUGGGCCACGUUCCGCAGCAGCGACAACAGCUCGAGCAACGGCUGGAGCGCCCACGGCGGCCAGUGCCUCGGCGCCUACCACGACGACAUGGACCCGAGCGGCUCGUCCAGCGGCUCCGCCGUGGCCACGACCCUGGGCCUGGCGGCGGCGGCGCUGGGCACCGAGACGGACGGCUCCGUGAUCCUGCCCGCGCAGACCGCCAGCCUGGUCGGCAUCAAGCCGUCCGUGGGCCUGACGUCGCGCUUCCUGGUGCUGCCCGUCAGCGAGCACCAGGACACGGUCGGGACCAUCGCGCGGACCGUCAAGGACGCCGCGCGCCUGCUGCAGCCCAUCGUGGGCCGCGACGACCGCGACAACUACACGGAUGCCAUCCCGUUCGAGCAGGUCGCCACGCCCGACUACGAGCGCGCGACGCAGAGCCAGGACGCGCUCCGGGGGGCGCGGCUGGGCGUGCCGACCAACACCAUCGCGCUCUUCCGCCACAGGCUGCCCGACGAGGACCCGGUGAUGCAGGCGUUCCGCGCCGCGGUGGACGAGGUGAAGCGGGCGGGCGCGGUGGUCGUCGAGGCCAACUUCACCAUGGCGGAGCAGUGGAACCAGUCCAAGGCGGAAAACAUUGUGCUGUUUUCCGACAUGGUCACGGCGCUGCCCAGGUUCCUCGCCGAGCUGACCGUCAACCCGUCGGGGAUCAGGAACCUGGCCGACGUCAGGCGGCUGACCAUCAAAGCCGGCGCCAGGGAGGACUACCCGGCGCGCGACGUCGAGACGUGGGACGUUUGCCUCGACGAGCAGGGCUUUGGCAACGACGACCCGCGCGCGCUGGCCGCGCUGGCCGAGGACAGAAUGCUCGGCGGCCAGGGCGGGUUGCUGGGUGCCAUUGAGCGGCACGGGCUCGACGCCGUGCUCAUGCCGACGCCGAUAUCGAGAAACUUUGCGGCGAUUCUGGGCGCGCCCGUCGUGACCGUCCCCAUGGGCUACUAUCCCGCGUCUCACCCUGUGAAGAAAGUGCCUGGAAGGGUCGGUCUCGUGGAUCAAGGUCCCAAUAUACCGUUUGGUUUGAGUUUCCUGGGCGCUAGGUUUACUGAGGAGAAGCUCAUCGCGCUUGCCUAUGGCUACGAGCAGCGGACAAACUUCAGGGACAAGGUACCGCCGAUCAGGAUGCCCAAGACAGAGCUUGGUGACAUUGUUGGCUUCUAG